AUGCAGUGGAGGACCGACGGGGCCUUUUUUUACUCAGGCGCGGUGCUGCACGCUGUGUUGGAGUCCGACGAUGAAGAGGCGGACUACAGAGAAAAGAUCAUGGCAGUGAAGGAGGGCGCCCUUGUUUUCUUCCUGGACCCAAAGGCAAGGGACGAAGAGCCCACGACUGUGCUGCGGCCCCACAAAACCCUUUCCGUUUCUUUUUCUCCAAACGCCUUUUUGAUUUCCAUUUCUUAUCUCCCUUUCCCCACUCGCCACGAAGUCCACCUCGUCAAACUCAUUUCCGAAGACGAGCUCAACAGGUGGCUAGCUAGCUGGCUAGCUGGCUAG